CAUGGAUUAACUCAGUUUCGACGAUAUUCGUCUGGCUUCCCGACGACGACGAACUAGGCCAUGGAUUCCGGCACCAAACAGAAGAAGAAGAAUGCAACUGAUCAGCCGGUCUCCGAGGAUAUCGUCCCUCUGCACAUUCAGACCUUUCUCUGGAGACAGACGAGUUCAUUUCUUCGGCCGAAAAUCGGCAAAAUGCAUGAAGCCAGCUGCAUUUUCUGCCAACAAGCGCCAGGCCAUCAUGAGAUGAAAGAGGCGUGCAAGUCUCUGGAGAAGAUUCUCGUCCAAAACAUCCGAGUGGGUUUGUCGCCCAGUUUCACGGAGGCAAUUCGAUCCAUUUCCAGAUGGAAAUUUGUUCAGUCUUCCCUUCCGCACGUCAUGCUAUGUACCGCCCAACUCAUCGAACGGAAAGAGACUAAUAAUCUUCAGAACGUGGGCACGGCAGCCAGCAAACUUCUCUACACGCUACACUGGACUUUGUUGGAUGCCGCAGAAGAGUGCGCCGAUGCGGAUCGUGAAGCUGGUAUUGCACCGCGGGAGCCAUUUCCCUACAUCUUCCCCCUAACUUGCAUCCAGGAAUUUGUUUACCUCUUUGCUCCGUUACGUCACUUGCUGAAAGAAGCCGAUUUACAAAACUUCCGACUGGAAAAUGGGCUCAAGAUCUGGCCAGCCCUUUGGGAUUACAGACAUCCCAACGCUCAAUGUUUCACGGCGCCCGUCAGGCCUAAAAAGAGCACUACUACUCGGAAGAAGACGAACAAUGGAGCAACGGGCAGCGUUGUUGGCACAGUGGCGGCCUUAUCGCUGUCUAAUCCUCCUACGAUACCCACCGCAGCGGCCGUAACACCGGGCGUACCGCUAACACCCAGGGAGACGGUGACGUUCAAUGACGUGUUCAUCGGAUCGAUCGAUCGUGACAGCGACAUUGGGGAUGCGCGUUCUCUCUUAGAUCUCGAUACUGGAAGACUCCCUAAAGAAAACGAGUUCCCGGAAACCAUUCCGGAAGAAACGUCGAGCACAGAAGAAGAGCACGUGGUCAUUUUUCGAUUGCCUUCAGCGCCGGAUUCGGAUGGCAUUCGAGACUCUUCCAUUUAUCAGGCCGAAUCGAGCAUCAUCCAUCCCAGGAGCUACCUCACAGCAGAUUACAAUGGCGACAAUGGUUCCCGCCUGCCCACCACUCCUGAUCCCUCUUCAAGCAAAAGAUUACUGAACGUGGCGCAGGAAUCGUGGUUCCAAAAUGACACGAUCGAUCCUCAAUAUCCUCACAGGAGGUCUUCCGUCUUGGACGACAUAACAGCCGCUACUUUUCUCGACGUGGCCGUCGUCCGUUGCCUUUUCAUUCCUAGGUGGUGCGAGGAAGGCGUUCACUGGGCCCUUCAAUUCCUUUUCUACAGAUUGCAGGAGAUCAGCGAAGAAAUGCGUUCCAGAUGUCCCCAGCGGAAACGAAGCAGUUCCCUACCCGUACCCAAAAUAGAGGUCUCUCUCUGUUCCAACGAGAGCAAAAGCAAAGAGACGCCUGCCAAUGUGAAAUCGACAGACUGUUUCGAUCAAAGCCGACAUUAUUCAGGAUCGUCUCCAGCGGAGCAAACGGAGCGCAAGGAACAGGAAAUCAACAGCGGGCAAAGCAACCACAUGGCCAACAGCUCGACGGGCGGAACGAAACGACGCAAAAUGGCGGAUUUGAAAGCGUUUGUCGAGACGCGGCUUCUCUCACGCUCGGACAAGAUGCUGGAGAAAAUCGAUUUCAAGAACGCUUGCACCGCUCAUCAUAAUAGGACGCAGCAGCAGCAGCAGCAGCUUCUAUCCGCUCCGGAGACCCGUGAGGAGGAAAAGUAUCCGCCGAGUGGCAAGAGGAUCCUUGAAAAAGAGAAUGCCAUUCCACCACGUCCGUUGUCAGCUCUGGCCAGCGUCAGGGACGAUAAUGAUUACGCCAGGCGUUCUUACUUGAUGCAGGAACCUACCCCGCUGGUCAAAGGCAAGAGCAUGCCCAGUCUCAGUUGUCUUAUUGAUGAACUUGCUUCUUCUGGAUACUUGGGAUGCUCAGCCAGUGACCACAACUUGCCCUUCAAGAAGAAAGAUGCCAAAGUAUAUCCCGUCAACAAGACAAAUCCAUCGCCUCAUCCAGUUAUCACCGUCACCGAUGCGAAUUCAUCGACUCCCGGUGGAGUUAAAGUGCAUCAUUAUGGAACAGACGUGGAAGGAAGAGCGUCAGCUCCGACGAGCCCCUUGAACCGCUCGAGUACCGAUUCCAACAUUGUCUAUCCCUUUGAAGACUUGCCGGAAGCCUCUGGGGCUUCUCACUUUGUCAACAAAGAUGGAGGAUUCGAUUUGCACGUCAUCUUGGAAGCCAUUCACUCUGUGACGUCACGAGCCGAUGUCUGCUCGGUUCGUGUCUGCGAGACGUCGCUCAGCGUCCUGGAACUGCUUCUCGAUCUCGGCGUGGUCACCACGCCCGUCACAUCGCCCAACAAUUCCGGCGGCAAUAAAGACGGCCAUCAGCAGGCCAGCGGGCUGUUGGGCCAAGUCGAUCAGGAGGAGCUUUCGCGUCAUUCUCACGGUGUUUGCGUGGACAUCGUUGCCAGGGUGUUCCAGCACGUCGGCUGCCCGCACGGCUGCGGCGAUUCUCGACGUGAUCCGUCUUCCGAUUUCAUUCGUUCUCAAGGCCUUCUCUUGAUGGCCCAAUUGCACCGCAUAUCCGGCAAGUACUUUCGAUCCUUCCUUCGUCAAACGCUCAUCUGCCGCUACACCCUCGGCGAGGUCAUCGACUUCCUUCACGCUCUCGUCGGUUUCUGCGUCGAUCCCGGCUUCGUCCUAUCGCCAAUCAGUCAAAAGAGAAACUCGCGGCUGGGCGGUGAUUCCGGACAAGCUGGAAUAAGUUAUGUGCCGAAUUUCAGCUCUCCUCGCACGAUCGAAGGCCACGUUAUUAAUUGCAUCUUCAAACCAUUCGUCACUCGACUCACAGCGUCGUUAAAAUUCCUGAAAUCUUCGGAGAAUGUCGCGUUGUACUGCGAUGUUCGCCAAUUACUCGCCUAUAUCAAAGACGUCCAUGGUGGAAUCUUCCGGCGGGUGCUUCUCAGUGGGCUGCUGGAUUCAGCCGCGCGACCGCAGCAACCGCAAGACACCCCACCUGAAAACAGUGGCUAUUACAAGGAAUGCCUGCAGCCGGCUGGAGACGAUUGUGCAGUUCCUUCAGCUACGUUCUUCGUUGUUGACGAAACAUCGGAAAAGAGCCGGAAGGGCAAAAAGAAUACAAGUGAAAUGGAUGGCUGGAAUGAAGAUGGCAACCUGAUACGUAAAGGCUCUGUAGUUCACGCUCUGGCUUUGUCUGCGCAACGCUUCAAAGAGAAGGAAGCCAAAGUUAAACAGCGUUUCCCCGCAAUGGGCAACCGCAGCAGCCGGAAGAAUUCCCAGAAAUUAGGAAUAGUUGGAUGGAUGCGCAAAGACCGCCGAUGCCAGGCCUCUCAAGGCAACGCCGACGAGCCGAUGGAUGUCGCCCAGGCCGUAGCACCUUCUCUGUUGAAAUUACAGCAAAGAGGGACGGGCAGCAAUAAUGUGGGCGUCACCUUGCAAAAGGCCCGAAGGCGAGUAGAGCAUCAUUUAACGCGCAUUGGAUUCGGAAAGAGCCGAAGGCAAAUCAUCAGCCGUGAAGCAACUCCAGAUCCCAGUAGGCGCAAUUCCCUGGAGAUGGAUGGAAACGGAAGAGAAAUGUUUAUGGUUAUUCCCAGAGAGAGGAAAAUGGUCUCGGGGCCGGCAAUUUACGACGGAAUGCUUCGAUUGAGUUUUCUCCUGGAAGCUUGUCAACCGGGCACCAUCCCCGAUGCCAACCUCAUUGCUGCCGUUCUCGAUUUACCACAAUCUCCGGUGAUAGCCCGGGCGGCGUUUUUAUUGGAAUGCGCUCAUUUCGUCCACCGAUGCAAUCGAGGACAAUGGCCGUCCUGGAUGAAAUUGAAUUUGCCAUUUUAUCGACCGUCGGGACCUCUAUCGAAUCGGGGGACUCCGUCCGGGCAGAGACGAACGCACAUUCUACAGAGAUUGGGCGGUCGCAUGUUUUUUACAUGGGCAGAGGCUAUUGGAGUCCGGUUAGAAGAGAUUCUGAUUGAUGAUGCACUUUGCUGUGAAGAUUAUGACGCCCAAACGCUUGACGAACAACGUCAACGUAUUCUCAUGGAAGAGGAUGAAAAUGAAGAUUUUCUCGUUGAAGCGAGUGUCAAUCCAUCCGGACGUGAUUUCCCUUGGCCUCUACGGUUGGCCGCGUGUAUGCUGCUCUUCGAAAUUACGGCCUUUUUACGGGACUCGUAUCGCCGCCUUCCCCGUUCAACCCGCGUUUCUCUUCGGAGCAACGAAGCCAAUAAAUCGGGCGGUGGAAACAACACGGGUGGGAGUCUCAAUGUCGCUUCCGGUGGUUCUUUUAACGAGCAACAGCGAGGCGGUAACCCGUCCGGCGGAGUCCCUUCGAGUGGCAUCAUUGUGUCAAGUGGCGAAUCAAUCGUCCAUCACUCGGUGGGUGGAGGUGUGGGAGGCGGGUCAGGUUCCAUCGCUUUGGCCACUUCUAUUGCGACUCCAGCGAGUAACACUGCCGGCGGAAGGCGAUGGAGUAUGGCUCUUUCUUCCAUGGGGCAAUCUCAGAACUCUGCACAAAGUCUUCAAUCCAUUACAGGAGACGGGCAUUCCAUUGGUGGAGUUCCAGGAGAGCGUAAAAUUAGUUUUGUACUUCACGAACCUGAUGAUGAAUCGCUGGACAGUAGCAAUACAACCCUCACAUUUCAGGGUGAUGAUGCGUUGGAAGAAAAGCGCAGUCGACGGCUUGCACAAGGUCGACCCUAUCUCCUUCGUAGAAGCACGAUGAGCAAUACGGGCUCGUUCAAGCGCAGGAGUUUGAAAUUGAGACGAAGUCACAGGGAGUCUACCCGCCGUGGCGGCGAUCAGUCCGACGCCGAGUCCAUCAAACGUUCCGAUUCGAUGCGAUCCAAGCGCAAAGUGUCGUCGAUAUCGGAUCGCAGUGAUAUAUCCGACGUGCACAUGGAUCACGAUAUCUCUGGCGAAGAAAGUCCCGGCAUCCUGAGUGAUGAUGGCCAGCAUGAAAGCCCCAGCGACGGUGCAGCGGACAUUGAAGAAGGAAUUUCUACACGCGGGAUGCCUUGGCUUAGAUCUGUUCUACUGCUGUCCAAUUCGUUCAACUAUCAAUGCACUCAUCAACACGUCUGCCAUCCUCGUUGCUUCCGACGGCAAAGCCGAGCUUGUUGCAGGAUGCUGAGCAGCGUUCGCAGGAUCUACGGCGACGAGCCACAGCAUCAGGAAGUCGUGGAGUUUCUUAGUUUCAGUAAGAAAUCGCGUCAUCACAAGGACCACGACAAGAAAGAAAAGAUCAGUGCCAAAGGAGCUCAAAGUAGACCGGGAUCACCUCUUCGACGUAGGGAAAGCGUUGCCAAUAAGAAAGAAAGGUCUACCAAUGAUUUGCUAUCCAAGGCGAGCUCUUGCCACAGCUCAUCGGCGGCGCUGUCACGUGACCUAAUCGAGCAUGACCAAUGGGAUCGAAAUAAAGUCAUGGGAUUGCAGUCCAAACAUUUCCCCAACGAAAGCGAUGGCGAAGAACAUAAAACAAAGAAGCGAGAAGAUCAUCCCAUGGUGAAAUACAUCAAAUUCCAGGUGAUGGACCUCUUUCAAGCUCCGUUAUUGGUUCUCGUCAAAAGUGCCACCGUCAUGAACGACGAAGCCUUUCUCGAUAUCAUUCCGAUAGCGUGGGAGCUGUUGCUCGAUGUCCAAAAGGAAACAGUGGCCGCCGCAGCUGCCAUGUUUAUUUUAUCGGCUGUCCGCUGCCCAGAACCUGUUACGCUUCUUCUCAACGGUAGCCUUAGACAUCCGGAUGCCAUUGAACGUUUCAAAGCCCUCUUGAAAUUUCAAGUUCUUUGGCGGUCUAGGUAUCAAGUCUGGCCUCGAAUGGAAGAAGGUGCCGCUCACACCUUUAAAGUGCCACCACAUGCCAUUGAAUUUACGCUGCCGUCGCCACGAAUUGGCGUCGAAUCCUUACCAGUGGUCGAUCCUCCUUGGAUGCCGCAUGUCCGUACCAGAGUCCAAGAGGUCACGCUCAACCAGGACACGCAUCGAUCGCUCGUGACGGCUACCAAGACACGUAAGAAGCAGCAAACUGAAUCGGUCGAAUCAGCUCUCAAGGCGGAAGAAGACAGAAAGUGUAGCGAAAGGGAAAACUUUUGCAUCAGCGCCGUCCCUGUCACGAUGCAGGCAUCGUACGAACCGGCACUUCAUCAUUCAGGAGGGGAUGAUCACGAGGAUGCUGAUGAUGAGACUCAACAGCAAAAUCGAACUUCGGGCCAACCAUUGCAGACGGCCCAAUUUCUCUUUCCGUCUUGUUUGUGCUCGGCCAUCGUCCCCAUUGUCGACCUUUUGGAUGAUUCCGUUUUGACGCCAGAUGGCGUGGCCGUCUGCGAUUUGGCCAACCAGGUGUUGCAUUCAUGUUUGGUGGAAGACACUGCCCUUUUCCUGCGCCACAUUCUAGAGAAAUUGACUCGCGAAAAGCAAGACGAAAUGUUUGCCAUUUUACGUCGUCUGCUGCGCUUUGUGACUCAGCUGCCACAACAGACUGCCUUUACUAUCCACAAUUAUCUCAUUGGUUACAUCAUGUUUUAUGUUCGAACUCCAAUGGAAGGUAGUCAGGAUCUCGUUGGCAAUGCUCUUUCGUUGCUAUCUAUGGUGGCGCCAAGCGUCCAGGGUUUGCUGUUCAAGGAUUUAAAGCAAAUUUUGCGCAAGGAGCAAUGUGAUGCUUCUAUUCUUAUCACGGCCAAUGUCCCGUCGGCCAAGAAAAUUGUGGUUCACGGGCCAAACGAAUCCGAUUCCGGUGCCAUCCCGUCUCAAUUUCCCAUUCAGGAAGACACGCAAUUUUCGCAAAUUUUACAAGAGUCGCUCGAUUUUUUCUCGAUCGACGAGCACAGACAGCGCGAAUACUUUCUCGUAGAUUAUAGAACCAAUCAAAUCCACAAUCCUUCCGCCUACGUUCGCGAUUAUUACUUUUUUAAGCGAUCGCAAUAUCCCCAGCUCAACUUGGUUCACAUGGAUCCCAUCAGAGCUCACGAUGCGUUACAAAAACAAGCUUUCACCGAAAAGAUGGUGGAAUUGGGCAAAGUACAAUUUGUUACAUCCGUUCUCAAAAGCUCAAAUCAGAUUAUUGCCCGCGUUCUGUUCCUUCACGAGGAGCUGACGAAACUGCCUUCAUUUCCCCGCAAAGCCCUUGAAGCCGAUCUGAGCCUGUACAGCAACGGAUGUAUGGGCAAGGAGCUGAGCGCACUGGAUUUCAUGCACAAACUCAGCUGGGUCAAACUCAUUCGACAAAUGUUUGAAGCCAUGGUGGGAAAUUUUGCCUAUUCCGGAGACAUCCACCUGUUUAUCAACGUCAUCAACGGUGCGUUGGUGUUGUAUUGCGAAGACGCUGUAAUGCUCCGUUUCUGCAUGGCGACUUACAUUAAUGCGGGUCAUCAGUUCCGCAACGCGUUCGCUUUGAACGGGUAUUCUCUCAUCAUCCCGACGAUUUUGCGCAUCUAUUCCAACUACCAGAGCAAUCCGCUUGUAGCGCGAACAAUCGAGUUCACGAUCCAGCAGUUCUACAUCAUGCACAGGAAGCCGUUCAUGUUGCAACUGUUUGGCAGUGUUGCCCCGCUACUUGAUACGGAUGGAAAUUCCGUUUACGGCGAUGCCAGCAAAGUUCGAGUACAAAGUCUUUUCCGCCUCCUGUUAUCACUGGAGCGCGUCGGAGUUGAUCCGCUUCAUUUGCUGGAUUUAGUGGCCGCUGAGAAACCUUUGAAAGCUCUUGAUUUCUGUUAUCACGGCGAAUCGGAUACCAUCAACAUCCUUGACUCGAUUGCCAUUGCCGUCAUGGGGGCUUCAUACGCCAUCGAUACUCACCGAGGCCACCAGCUUUUGAUGAUUUUGGAAGCGAUUGUACCGGCUUAUUUGAAACAUUUGCAAACCAGCGCCGGUCGCAAAGAUCCACGUACUGAAAGAGACAUUCUCCAUCAGCUCGGAGUGGCUAUGAAAACGCUCAUAACCAAUGCAGAAGCACUAACAAAAAACUAUUCUGGACCGCAGCGGACGUUUGAAAAAUCGCCCAGUCAAAAACCGCCAACGUCCAACAGAUCGGCAACGCUGGCCACAACGAUCGAAAUAGACGAAGAUUCUCAUUCGAGAUUCUUGGGAGAUCAUUUCCGAAGUUCUUCCGUACCGGAUCGAGGAAUGAAUUCAAACAAAGAUGAUUCCGAGGCACAAUGGCAAGCCUUUCGCAUGCCCCGGGCAACACUGUUAUCACUCGUCUCCGACUAUUAUGUCAUAUGCAGCGCGCGUCUAGCGGAAUUGAAUCGGAAACAAGGGCAAGAUAAGAUUAACGAGCCGCUAGAUGUGAAAUGCAACACGCGUUUGGCUGAUAUCGCCCACGCUCUGCUCAAAGUGUCUUCCUACGACGCCAACACAAUGGCCUGCCGUGGACUCCAGCAAUACAUGACCGUUUUGAUGCCCAACGGAGAUUGGAGUCAGGAACCCAUGAAGCAAGUGCUCAACACGCUCUUCCGUCGGCUGGACAAGAUAUUUUCGAAAAUCUACAAAAUACCAUCGAUGAGGAAAAACCUGGACUGGGAGGCAGCCGCUUGUCUGCUAAAAGGCGUUUACCUGACGUUACGCAAAUCACCCUUCAUCGUCCACGCCACGCCUUUGCGUUCGUUAAUAACCACCUGUCAGUCUCUCAUUUUGGGCGACUUGUCGGCGAGCAUGUCAGCCGUUGAUGGCGGAUCCCCAAUUCAUUCUCGUAGCGGUGGUGGAGGAGCCGCCCGGCGUUCCUCAUUAGCCCCACCGCCUGCCUUCUCUUCCAUCGUUGUCCAACUGGUUGCCAUGCAGAUCUUGGCCCUGGGGCUGUUCAGCCACAUUUCAUUGGAAACGUACUCACUGGAACAGGCGUGCGGUGGGAAUUUUGUUUUCCCCACAGCAGAACGGACAGAGUCCAUCCUACUCAAUUUGCUUUUGCCAUUAUGUUUGAGAGUUGGAUCCGGACGUAAAGACGCACCUCGAGUUCGUCAGUCGGAUAUUAGUUUCGCUUUGACUGUGGUCCUCCACGCUCUAAGUCCGCCUUCCACACAACACGCACGACUCGUGGCUACAAAGAAUGUUAGCUCAUCCGGCGCUGCAACGGCUGCUAGCGGUGGCGGUAGUGGUACCGGUGUUGGCAGUGGUGAUGGAUCGCGAGGCGGAUCGCUCAGCGUCCACAGCGGAACGCAUCCGCAACAGCAACGCAACAACAACCGCACGACGCUCCUCCAAGUGGCUUUCCUCGGCAUGAAAGUCUUGAUGACUUGCUUCAAUCAUCAAUUAUCGCUCGAUUGGCCGAGGGUUGCCCGCUGCAUCCGCGAAAUAGGAGAACGUCGAGGCGAUGGAGGAUCGGCGUUUUGGAACUUUUUGAUUUUCGUUGCCACUCAGAGAGGGCCCCUCUUUCCUCUCAUUCUGCCGCUCAUGUGGAACAAAAUUACAGUGCCAGUCGAUGGGCAAGAGGAGCAGAUUCUCCAAGAUUUAUUGCGUCAAAAACUGAAUGGAUCCCCCGAAAUCAGCCCGCUUCCAGCUGGCGAAUUGAUGGAUCGUUUCCUGGCCGAAUUGAUGAUCCUCAAUGACGAAGUGACCAAUCAAAGAGAAGAUGAAGCGGAAAAUGAUAACCGAAGAAGCAUUAUGGCUGACGGGCGAAGUGAAAUAUCCAAUGCCAGCGGCAAUUCACGCCGGCCCACAAUGGAUUCCAACAUGUCGCGUGAAAGAUCCUACAUGUCGAGGGAUAUUAACUUACUCAUCGCUCCUCCAGGAGCGGGACUGGCGAUGACGAGUUCCAACAUGGCCCAGAAUUUACGACGUCAAUGGAGUGUCCGCAGCGAAAACCGAUCCGUCAUUGCCGGAGUUGGAAUGACUCAACGUCAAAUCAGUCUACAGGCCAGCACUAGUAGCGGUGGUGGUCGUGGCAGUUACGAAAUUGAGGAUAAGAUCAACAUGCGCCGGACGAGUUACGCAGGAGAGUCAUCGAGCCGUUCAAGUUUACCGUCAGGAACGAAAGGAUCGUCCGAUACGCGAUUAAAUAGACGAUCACUGCUGGCCGGCCAUCCGUUCUCUACUACCAGUUUGGUCUCGCGAUCUUCCUCCAUUUCUGAAGUGGAUUUCUGUGAACUCGACGAAACGGAAGAUGCUUUACUGCAAGAACAGAGAGCAGAUGCCGUUGCGGGUUCGACAUCGAUGGACAAUCCAUCAACGGCGGCCGACGUGCCAGCAGAAUCGGCUGCGAUGCAUCCGCGUCUACACCGCCAGAAAUUGCAAAGCAAAACCAAUCGCGGCAAAACAUUCCGAUCGAUGAAGAAUAAUAAAGCCGUCGCUAAUAUCGAGGUAUCGCACAUCGAAGUGGAGCAGGAGUUGGUGGCCAUCAGUCCGUCCGUCAAGGUGAUUUCUUCCUCUUCCACCCCGACUGCGGAUGGCCAUCAACAAAACACGUUCCAGUUGCUACUCGUACCAAGUUCCAGCUGUGGACCACCAUCGACUGCGACGCCUCCGGCCAGUCAUUUUGCUAGCGGAGCGCCAACGCGUUUGGGCAUUCACAGCCGUCGUGGACAUCCUUCAGAAACGCGAUUAAUGACAACUGGAACAACGGCGACAAAUACGAAAGCUUCUCUAUUACACGAUGGAGUCGAUUCCACUGUCAAAUCGUCCGUGGGCACAGUUUCCGUAGGUGUGGCCGUCCAAGUGUCGACUUCCUCCUACGUUCCAGCACCGAGGCCGGCCACUGCGACAUUGAGGAGUCAGCACAAUCGACCCGUACCUCCUCCCAUUCCACCGAGGAACAUCCGUUUGACAGUCAACUAUCCUGGAAGUCACAGCGAGUCGACGGGCAGCUCUUCGUACAAACCUAUGCAUCGUGGCGGGCCGUAUCGCGAACCGCCCUUGAUGGAAGAGAGUGGCGAUUCGGCCACGGACAAUAACAAUCCGAUUAAAACCAACAAAACAAUUUCAUCCAGUGCGAACAAACCAAAAUUAACGGCCGGACAUUAUCACCAUCGUCCGGCUCCGUUGUCCAGCAGUAGCGAGGGACCCGAUGAGGAUUCCGAAGCGGAAACGAAUAGCCGCAGUGGGAUGAUGGCCUGCGUAUCAAAUGCCAACGAUGGCACGUCCAUCGAGUCGUUGGUCAUGGAAGAGACGGCCCUUUUAUUGCCGGCCACGUUACCCACGGGUCGAUCACUUAUGCGCAACAUAACAGAACGCGACGAGGACACACUCAUUUAGCGAAAGAAAAAAAAAAGGUGGAACGACACAUGUAAAUCAAUAAUAAUAAAAUUUCAUCAAUCAACGAAUUUUCUAUUUAGCCCCACCCCCUUUUUUAUUGAAAAAAAAAAAGGUGAAACACAUCCCCUCCCCACAAGAGAAAAUAAUUAAUAAUGGUAGAUAUACCUUACACUAUUUAUUAUGUAAUUAUGACGUAGUCUCACACUCCCCCUCUCGAAAAACAAAAAUAUUUUCCAAAAAAAAAAAACCCCAAAAAAAGAACAAAAUGUCUUUGUUUGUUUUUUUUUUGUUUUUGUUUAGAGAUCUCUUGUUAAAUUAUGUCUUUAAUUUAUAUCUUGUUAGUUAAAAAUACAAUGAGCAGCACGUACCGUCCGUUAUUCGCUGUGAAACACCACGAAUUUGAAGAUCACUUUUGAACCGUGACGUCAUAAUGUGGUGUUUUUGU